AUGAGCGAGUCUGCCAGGAAGAAGAAGAACUCCAAAGACGUCAGGGACGAGGACGUCAAGUCGCGUAGCAGCUUCAGCGAUAGCCUCUCGGACGAAUCGAGUGUGCUCUCUUCACCUUCGCAGCGCAACCAUCAGCGCCCCAGAUUCGACUCAAAGGCCUCAUGGGCGGAUUCUACGCGCUUCGACAUGGGACGCGCUGACUCUCGCGCCUCCGACGUGUCGGCCAGGGACUUGAGGCUAACGGGGCUCGGAGGGCGGGUGUCUUCUAGCCACAGCCGCCAGCGCUCAGACUCGAGAGCCUCGAGGUUGUCGCGCUCAAGUAGUCGCUCCAGCAUGAGCGGCACCCGGUCCAGACAGUCCUCCUUCGUUUCCAACUUUGGCGUGACCAAAGGCAAGAAACGCAAAGACAGCAACGCGCUGUCGACCAUCACGGAGAACUGGAACCUGGCAGACGAGCAAUUCGGUAGUCCCUUCUCGGAGUUCGACGCGCAGGAGCAACCGAUUCGAGAGGAGCUGCAGAGAGGCUUGGCUAUCAUCAACGACCACACGACUAAGUUGAAGGAGAUUGAGGACGCCAUUACGGCUGCAAUGUCGGAAGUUUGGGGAUAUUGGGCGGACCCAAUCCAGCUGUAUCUCCACCCAGCAGAACGUGUGGAUGUCCAGGAUCUUAUCAAGACGGACAAUGAGCUGUUCAAUAAGGUUCUUACGGUGUUUUCCGUAUUGUGUGACGAAAUCUCGGAGCUCAAAGUGACGGUGGAGGACAAUUUCUACCCGGCGCUGAUCAUGUUUGGCCAGGCGCGUCAUGGAGAGGAAGGCGAAGUAAAAGGAGGAGAAGAUGAAGUUCACAUCGGACGCAUGUUGGCGUUUUUCCAGGAUAUUUCCAACUUUGUGGACCGGUGCAACGCUAUCACCAUCAACAUGAUCCACCAGCUUGCCAGUUUGUACCAGAGCUUCCAGAAACUGUGGAAAUCGACGUUCAAGCUCGUGCAUCUUCACCCCGUGUUCGACGCAUUAGCGAGUCUGCUUGAGGUUAUAAUCACGAUCGAUGCCAUCGUCAUCGACAACCCGAACAUCAUCACGUCCUGGGACAAAUACAAGCGUAUGAUGCAGUAUGUGCGCUCGGACCCGCCCCGUUACAACGUCACAGUGGAAAAGGUGAAGCAGUUCGAACGUCUUCUGGUCAGCCUCGACCAGACGAUCAUGAGUGCUCAAGUGUUCCAGAGUUGCAUUGAGCAGGACUUUGAGGUCUUUUCGGGCGGUGACGUCGCCGAUGACGACGAGGAUCCCGACGGAAGCGACAGUGAACAAGGUGGACGACGUGCGAGCAGCAGUGGGGGAGAGUCACGGAUUGAUAUCCGCACGAAUCGAGUGUUUCUGGAAGAAUUCGUGCACUGUAUCAGCGCUCGCUUGGGCAUUGCUGAGGGUGCGAUUGCUUCAGCUACAGAGACUUUCGAACGAAACGACCUGGUCGGAACAGCGGGACUGUACGUGCUUCUCCGACGACUUCAGCCGUCUAAUGUGCCUGCCGAUCCGGUGCUGUACAAACGACUGUGGGAGACGCAGACAAAGGCUCCGUGUGUGACCAUUUGUGGCAAGAUCAUGUGGUACAUGCCAGAUUUCCUCCUGAAAUACUCGCCGAUGACGUCGAAGAAGCUGCAGCCCACGGAUAUCGUGCAGUUCCGUCGUGAAUAUCUGCACUCGCUGGAUGAAGCCUUCCCAGCCGAUGUAACUACGGCCAAGUUGGAGUUGAGUGCAUGGCUUGUGCGCAUGGAGUCAUUUUUCCAGCCGACUACGCGUGGGACGGGCGAUACCUCUCGGACGUUGAGUGUUCGUGGCAAUUUGAUCCUCAAGGGCUUGAUUCUGGCGAAACGAGUGCAAACGAUGAUGCACACUCUGGUGAACUUGCAUCUCUCGCUUCAGAUUCCGAUGCCCAAGCGAGUUGUGAGGCCCCUCUACACGUGCAUUGAGAUCCUCAAGGCUGUCGAGUUCAUGUUUGCUCGGAAGAACCCCAUCCUGGCUGAAUCCUCCUCGCACUUGCUGCGUCAAGUCGCUCACUCGUUGUUCUCAUUCUUCCGUCCUCUGAAGGCCCAUCUAGAAGCCAGCAAGAAGUUCGAUGAUACCAAACUCGAUGUCUUAGCUGCUGUGACCGUGCUGGAAGACAUCCUCAACUCGGGUGAAUCAUUCUCGUACACGCGUAUCACAGUUCUUGAUCUCGCAGCUCAGAUCGCAAUGAUAUCUCCUGACAAUGGCAGUGCUGCUAGCGAGAAGGGCAGCGACAUGGACACUACGGUUCCAGUGGGGCUUAAGGACGCUGGCGAGCCUGUGAAGCUCAUUUGGAAGCUACGCCUUCUUAGUGAUUUCCAGCGCAAGAUUCGAGGCGCGUGUGAUUGCUCGUUCUUCUAUUGGAGUCGCGAGCUGCUGCAUCCUUUCCUGUCGGAUCUUUACAACCAACCGGAACAAGCGAAUCGCAUCCAAUACGUCGUCGGUGGCUUCUUGGACGCAAUCAAGUUGCUCCGUGGAGCGCAGCACGAGACUGACAACGAGCUGUACGUGAACGCAUAUGCAGAAUUUAUCGAGUCUGUCUUAGAAGAGGAGAUCGUGGAGAAUCUGUGCAAGGAUGUAGAGAAUGAUCUUCGCCUGCACGUCCACUCUGUGCACCUGGACCACCUGGAUGCGCCCAACCCGAAGAGCGCUGACUUUAAAGUGCUCCACUAUUACUUGGAUCUUCGUCCGAUUCGUCUGCAUGGAAAGGCGCUUGAUCUUCGCCAACACGUCACUCAUUAUUUGGAGAGCACGUUCUACAAUUUGACUACAGUGGCGCUCCACGACUGGAAAACUUACGGUGAGAUGCGCAACUUGGCGAACGACAAGUAUGGCUUGAGUCUUGCGGAUAAUCAUCUCCCCAUGGGAUCGCUGGAUCAGGGUCUGGAUAUCCUACAGAUCAUGCGUAACAUUCAGAUCUUUGUUGCUCGGUACAACUACAAUCUGAACCAGCAGUUCUUCCUGGAACGACGCAGCGACAAGGGAUCGAGGCACCUGAACUCCAUCAACAUCCACUCCAUCGCUAGCUCCAUCCGCACGCACGGCAUGGGAAUCAUGAACACGACUGUGAACUUUACGUACCAGUUCUUGACCAAGAAGUUCGACAUCUUUUCGCAGUUCCUGUUUGACGAGUAUAUCAAGAGUUAUCUGCAGCGUGAGAAGCGCUGGUACAAGAAACAUCGCGACGACAAGGAAGUGGACAACAAAUACCCGUUCGAUCGAGCGUUCCAGUUCAACAAGGACAUCCGUAAAUUGGGCGUGUCAGACUCGGGUAAGACCUUCUUGGACCAGUUUCGUAUGCUGAUCACUGAGAUCGGCAAUGCUCUGGGCUAUGUGCGAAUGGUGCGCUCUGCCGGUAUGAAUUACUGCAGCAACGCCAUCAAAUUCGUGCCGGAUCUGAAUCACACGCACUUUAAGUUUGAAGCGUUUGCUGGAGUCGGUGUCGCCGAGGAGAAGAACGAGGAGACAGGAGAAGUGGUCCAAGACGAGAUUGUUGGCGCCAAGUUGUCUCGCGAGACUGUUGUGGCUGCACGCAAUCUGGACUCUGUCAUCUCGACGCUGGCCAAGAACUUCUCGGAGAACAACGACUACUUUAAGGUGCUGGUGAAGGUUUUCCAGGACGUCACCGCCAGCGACGAGCAGAAGCAUUUGGUCAACUUUUACACAAUUAUUCCGGCACUUACUAUCAACUACGUUGAGACAACGGUGCAAGCCAAGGAUCUCAUGUAUAAGAACACCCGUCGCCGCGAAUCGUACUUCUCGGACGAUGGCUUCGCGAUCGGCGUAGCCUAUAUCCUCGCUAUUCUCGACCAGGGAGAGCAAUUUGAUGCUCUGCACUGGUUCGAAGAGGUGGUGCGAAAGUACAAGGUGGAGGAGGAGGCUUACAACGAGAAACAAGCCGAACGUGAAGCGCGCAAACGCGAGCAGGCGGCCAAGAAGCAGAAAGAGACGACUGCUGAGCUCAUUGAUGACGAGGAAGAGGUGCAUACACUGCAACUCACUGCCAAGCGCAUCGAACUGAACCGCCGCGAGUUUGACCUGCUGGACUGGUCUCUUAAUGGUGCGCGCAUUUUUUUCAAGGACUAG